GAGUCACCCAGAGAACGACGCUGUGACUUCAUCAGCGAGGAGGGGAGGGGCUAAUGAACGACAUGUGUCACCCUUGAAACAGACCGUAAAAGUACGACAGUUUUAGACCGCCUGUUUGUGACGGGCUGAGAGUUAAAGAAGGGUUCGACACGAGAGAAGAAGAACAGGACGACAAGAAGGAGACAGACGGUUCACCUGGUUGUUGUCUGUUUGUUGCCUGCCUCUGCAUGGAUCUCUGGUGGGAGGGUCUAGGAUGCAAGUAAGGAUGCAUGGAGGGAUGAAAGUGAAGGAUGAAAGGAAGGAUGGAAGUGAAGGUUUGUCAGGAUCCAGAUCCUGUUGGAGACCCGUCCUGUUGUUGUUAUUGUCUGAAUGUGGAGCUGUGACCUCAGAUCAGUCUGAGCGACCACACACUGGGCGGCUGUUUUCAAACCGCCGCAGCGCUGAGGUUGACGGUCCGACAGAGAGGACGCCGACCUCCAUGUUUACUGUCAGCAUGAUCGUGAAUCACUAAGAAACCCUCAGAUCAGGUCACAUGUCUGCGCCGCUCCUCCUCUCCUCCCUGUAAAACAGAUCAAUCUGUGAGUGUGUGUGUGUGUGUGUGUGUGUGUGUGUGUGUGUGUGUGUGUGUGUGUGUGUGUGUUUGUGUGUGUGCGCGCGCGUGUGUGUGUGUGUGUGUGUGUGUGUGUGUGUGCCUGCUGAUUCAGCUCAGAUGUCUCCACAGGGAGAACUCUCUGGACCACAGUCUUCGUGGUUUUAACGUUUCAUGGAAAUAUUCGGCGUGUUUCUCUUUAAAAUGUUCGGACAGUUUUUCUGCACAGUGUGUUCUGACCGGGUUCUGAUGGGGUUCUGACGGGGUUCUGACAGGGUUCUGACGGGGUUCUGACGGGGUUCUGACGGGGUUCUGACAGGGUUCUGAUGGGGUUCUGACGGGGUUCUGACCGGGUUCUGAUGGGGUUCUGACGGGGUUCUGACCGGGUUCUGAUGGGGUUCUGACGGGGUUCUGACAGGGUUCUGACAGGGUUCUGAUGGGGUUCAAAGGGUGGUUCAUGGGUCAAACAUGGGUCCUAUCGUAGUUAUUUACGGUCUUCAACCUGAUCCUCGGGGGUCAGAGUGAGUCCUUGACUCCAUUCUGACCCGUUCUGGUGGUUCUUCUCUCAGAACUUCUCACAGAUGUGUUUCUUGGAUCAUAUUUUAACGACAUCAUCAAUAACAGGAACAUGACUCAGCACUUUUAAACCCAGAGGGCGCUCUCACACACAGGCGCUGGUAUCACGUUGUCCUUACAGUCUCUCAUAAAGACCCGGUCUUGUUGGUCUCAGGUCCUCUCUUGGGCUCGGUCAACCUAAACCAGAACAUGUGGAAGUCCAGACCGGACCCGGCUCGACGGCAGCGGCGCUACAUCCAAGAGGCGGAGCUGUUUAACAUCGAGGUGGGUGACCUUCUUGGUUUAGAGGACGAUGACCUGAUGACCUCUCUGACCUCUAUGACCUCUAUGACCUCUCUGACCUCUCUGACCUCUCUGACCUCUAUGACCUCUAUGACCUCUCCUCCUUCAGGUCCUCUUGGCCGUGGAUUAUUCUGUCCUUCUGUUCCACGGACGAGACCACAUCCAGAAGUACCUCCUCACACUCAUGAACAUCGUGAGUCCAAACUCUGUGUGUGUGUGUGUGUGUGUGUUUGUGUGUCUGUGUGUGUGUGUAAGCUGCUGAGUCAGGUUGUUGGAGGAUAAAGUCGAGGUUAGGUCGUCAGUAGGGCGUCCUCAUAUGAACACGGUGAGAAUCAGCUGAUCGGACCAACAAGCUGUUAUAAACAUCAAACAACAGUUGUUGUUAUGAGACUGAAUGAAAACAAACAAACAAACGAAGGAACAGACCUGUGAUCUCAGAGUUCUUCAUCAGCCGUCUGCAGGUCCUCAGGUCCACAGGUCCACAGGUCCUCAGGUCCUCAGGUCCUCAGGUCCACAGGUCCACAGGUCCUCAGGUCCACAGGUCCUCAGGUCCUAAGAUCCACAGGUCCACAGGUCCUCAGGUCCUCAGGUCCUCGGGUCCUCGGGUCCACAGGUCCACAGGUCCUCAGGUCCACAGGUCCUCAGGUCCUCAGGUCCACAGGUCCUCAGGUCCACAGGUCCACAGGUCCUCAGGUCCUUAGGUCCACAGGUCCUCAGGUCCACAGGUCCACAGGUCCUCAGGUCCUCAGGUCCACAGGUCCUCAGGUCCACAGGUCCACAGGUCCUCAGGUCCACAGGUCCUCAGGUCCUCAGGUCCACAGGUCCUCAGGUCCACAGGUCCACAGGUCCUCAGGUCCACAGGUCCUCAGGUCCACAGGUCCACAGGUCCUCAGGUCCACAGGUCCUCAGGUCCUCAGAUCCACAGGUCCUCAGGUCCUCAGGUCCUCAGGUCCUCCGGUCCACAGAUCCUCAGGUCCACAGGCCCAGGUCCUCAGGUCCUCAGGUCCACAGGUCCAGAGGUCCUCAGGUCCUCAGGUCCACAGGUCCACAGGUCCUCAGGUCCUCAGGUCCACAGGUCCAGAGGUCCUCAGGUCCUCAGGUCCACAGGUCCACAGGUCCUCAGGUCCACAGGUCCACAGGUCCUCAGGUCCUCAGGUCCUCAGGUCCACAGGUCCUCAGGUCCUCAGGUCCUAAGAUCCACAGGUCCACAGGUCCUCAGGUCCUCAGGUCCACAGGUCCUCAGGUCCACAGGUCCUCAGGUCCUCAGGUCCUCAGGUCCUCAGGUCCACAGGUCCUCAGGUCCUCAGGUCCUCAGGUCCUAAGAUCCACAGAUCCUCAGGUCCACAGGUCCUCAGGUCCUCAGGUCCACAGGUCCUCAGGUCCACAGGUCCUCAGGUCCUAAGAUCCACAGGUCCUCAGGUCCACAGGUCCUCAGGUCCACAGGUCCUCAUAUCCUCAGGUCCUCAGGUCCACAGGUCCUCAGGUCCUCAGGUCCUCAGGUCCACAGGUCCUCAGGUCCUCAGGUCCUCAGGUCCUCGUUUAUCAGUCAUGAGUACGUACAGAUGAGUGCGUACGACGAUCAAAGUCUGGAGUUUAUCGACCUGAACUUGUUCUUAGGAACCAACUCUGAGCACGUGUACACUCAAACCCUAGUGGUCGAACAGUGAAACUACAACAGCUCUGUGAGUGUGCACCUCCAUGAUUUCAGCGAGGAGGAAAAAAUCCAUUCAGACAUUUUUAAAGGGAUUGUUGAUACCAUAUAUGGUCAAUAGGAGGCGUGUCUGAAUGUCAAUGACCCUAACCAUGAACGAGCUCGCCAGGAAAGAACAGGCGGGAUUUAUCAUCACUGAUCACUGACAUGUGUGCGAACGACCGUGUCUGCAUGAACCUUUUCUACGAACGCUGAUAAAUGAGGCUCCUGGUCUUUGGGGUUCAGGUGUCCCGGUCUCACCUGUGUGUCCUCUGUCUUCUCCAGGUGAAUGAGAUCUAUCAGGAUCACUCUCUGGGCGCGAACAUCAACGUCGUCCUGGUCCGGAUCAUCAUGUUGUCUCCAGCAAAGGUACUGAGCUGACUCAACACCUCUGGUCUGUAGAUCUGCUGAACCUUCAGGGUCCUUCAGGUCCUGAGACGCCCCCCCUUGAGCUCCUCUGUCUGUUGUAGAAACCAUCAGGAGUAGGGUUGUAGUUUUGUGUUUUCCACUCAGAGAGCUUCUUCUCAGGGCCUAAAGGAACUCAGGGCACCCGUAGACCUGAGUGUCCCCUCCAGUCCACCUCUGGGGUCGGUUCUGAAGCUCUGGUUCUGACCGUGUGUGUCCAUCAGUCCCAGGAGCUGAUCUCAGUGGGGAACCCUCAGAAGAGUCUGGAGAACGUCUGUGGAUGGUCGUACCUCCAGCAGAGGGAGCAGAGUCACGCCGAGCAGCACGACCACACCAUCUACCUGACCAGGCAGGAGUUCGGCCCCUCCGGCAUGCAGGGUACUACAGCUGAUACUACUGCUGAUGCUAAUACUGCAUGUACUACUACUAUUACUACUACUAUUACUACUACUAUUACUACUAACAUCUAUCCAUCCAGGCAUGAACACUAAUCCUCUACCAAUCAGGUAAGACCUCCUCUGACAGGUGGACCUCCUCCGAACAGGAAACUCUAGUUUACAGUCUCAGUUUAAUCAGACUAACCUCAUAACUCGUCUUUUUCUCUCCUCGUCCUCGUUUACAUGCAGCUGAGAAAAUCAAAUUACUGACGUGAACGUGUCCUCCUCCCCAACACUAGGGGGCGAUAUGGGUCUUUUCAACCGUCCAAAUACUUGAAAAUGUCAGUUUCUGUCAGGGCGGAGAGCAUAAUGGCGCUCUCCUCCUCGUCGUUCCAAAAGUCGACGUUCUUUCGUGUUUCAGCGAUGUCACAGCUGCUUCAGAGUCAAAAGUUCUUUCAAUGAUAGCGCCACUUCUUCUCUGGUGUUUUUGUUACAGGGUUACAGGGGCGUGGCCAAUCAUACUCCGACUACGCUGGUCACAUGGGAGAGAAAAUCUGAUUCUAACCUCAUUAUCUGGGUGUUUUAAUCAGAGUUCUUAAACUCUGAUUAUAGUCGGUCUAAGGUGUUUACAUGACCUUCAGUUGUCCGGUCUUAAUCGGAAUAAGGCGAUAAUUCAGUUUUCUCAGUUGUCAUGGAAACGGACUGAGUGUGUGUCUCACCUGCCUCUCGUUGCUCGUUUCCUUGUGUGUAUAUAGUCCCUGUCUUCCCCUGUUUUCUUGUCGGUUCCGUGUGUGUCUGUGUGUGUGUGUGUCUGUGUGUGUGUGUCUGUGUGUGUCUGUGUGUGUAUGUGUGUCUGUAUGUGUGUCUGUGUGUGUCUGUAUGUGUGUGUCUGUGUGUGUCUGUGUGUCUGUGUGUGUGUGUCGUUGUGUAUUCUUGUGUUCCUGUUGCCUCGGUGAUUUUUGUGAUUUUUUCUCUUUUUGUUGCUUCUUUAUUUCGUUCUUUUUAAUUAAAUCUUCUUCUGUUUUGUAUUUUGGUUCUUCUCUCUUCUUGUUUGACUCCGGACCGGGACAGUUUUUAACCUUGGAUGUCUGACCCUUGACCUAUGACCUUCGGCUCUCUCUGCAGGUUACGCCCCCGUCACAGGAAUGUGUCACUUACAUCGGAGUUGUGUUCUGGUGAUCGAGGACGGGUUCUCCUCGGCAUUUGUAGCUGCCCAUGAGACAGGACAUGUGUGAGACACACACACACACACACACACACACACACACACACACACACACACACUCACACAGACACACACACACUCACACACACACACUCACACACACACACACACAACAUUUCCAUACUCGACUCUCUCUCUCGGUGUUCGUCAGUGUUGGUGUCCGUUCGUCCUCGUUACCUUGACGACUUCGUUUACCCGUCUCUCAGGUUGGGCAUGGAGCACGAUGGCGAGGCCAACGACUGUGAGGACGACGUGGAGUUGGGCAGCAUCAUGUCUCCGCGGGUCCAGGCCACCUUCCAUCGGUACCACUGGUCUCGCUGCAGCUGGAAGGAGCUGCACCAGUACCUGCAGUGAGUACUUCACACAGUACUACAGGUGUACCUUCGUCCUCAGGACCACUGUCAGCGUCUCCUCUCUGCUCUGCAGCACCUACGACUGUCUCCGUGACGACCCCUUCAACCAUGACUGGCCCGCCCUGCCUCUGCUGCCGGGCUUCCAGUACUCCAUGGACCAGCAGUGCCGCUUCGACUUCGGGCCAGGUUACAGUCUGUGCACUGUGGUGAGUCUGUCUGCUCACCUGUCUGUCUGUCUGUCUGCUCACCUGUCUGUCUGCUCACCUGUCCGUCUGUCUGUCUGUCUGCUCACCUGUCUGUCUGUCUGUCUGUCUGUCUGCUUACCUGUCUGUCUGUCUGUCUGUCUGUCUGUCUGUCUGUCUGUCUGUCUGUCUGUCUGCCUGUCUGUCUGUCUGUCUGUCUGUCUGUCUGUCUGUCUGUCUGCCUGUCUGUCUGUCUGUCUGUCUGUCUGUCUGUCUGUCUGUCUGUCUGUCUGUCUGCCUGUCUGUCUGUCUGUCUGUCUGUCUGUCUGUCUGUCUGUCUGUCUGUCUGUCUGUCUGUCUGUCUGUCCGUCUGUCUGUCUGUCUGUCUGUCUGUCUGUCUGUCUGUCUGUCUGUCUGUCUGUCUGUCUGUCUGUCUGUCUGUCUGUCUGUCUGUCUGUCUGUCUGUCUGUCUGUCUGUCUGUCUGUCCGUCUGUCUGUCUGUCUGUCUGCUCACCUGUCUGUCUGUCUGUCUGUCCGUCUGUCUGUCUGUCUGUCUGUCUGUCUGUCUGUCUGUCUGUCUGUCUGUCUGUCUGUCUGUCUGUCUGUCUGUCUGUCUGUCUGUCUGUCUGUCUGUCUGUCUGUCUGUCUGUCUGUCUGUCUGCUCACCUGUCUGUCUGUCUGUCUGUCUGUCUGUCUGCUCACCUGUCUGUCUGUCUGUCUGUCUGUCUGUCUGUCACCUGUCUGUCUGUCUGUCUGCUCACCUGUCUGCUCACCUGUCUGUCUGUCCGUCUGUCUGUCUGUCUGUCUGUCUGUCUGUCUGUCUGUCUGUCUGUCUGUCUGUCUGUCUGUCUGUCUGUCUGUCUGUCUGUGUCUGUCUGUCUGUCUGCUCACCUGUCUGUCACCUGUCUGUCUGCUCACCUGUCUGUCUGCUCACCUGUCUGUCUGUCUGUCUGUCUGUCUGUCUGUCUGUCUGUCUGUCUGUCUGUCUGUCUGUCUGCUCACCUGUCUGCUAACCUGUCUGUCUGUCCGUCUGCUCACCUGUCUGUCUGUCUGUCUGUCUGUCUGUCUGCUCACCUGUCUGUCUGUCUGUCUGUCUGUCUGUCUGCUUACCUGUCUGUCUGUCUGUCUGUCUGUCUGCUCACCUGUCUGUCUGCUCACCUGUCUGCUCACCUGUCUGUCUGUCUGUCUGUCUGUCUGCUCACCUGUCUGUCUGUUCAUUGUUUUGAUUAUCUCACCUGGUGGACACACCCCUAGCGUUCUCCUCAGGUGAUCUAGUUCUGAAGUUUCAGACGGACUCAGCAGAGACCGAGAGGACGAGUAUCAGAGACAGAAUCAGAGACUCGCUCUGUUGAGUCUUUGUGAGACAUGUGACCCUCUGAGUGUGUUGUGGUUGGACGGCGGUGGCGGCGGCGGCGGCGGCACAUCUGGUCCGGAUGUGACUCAGAAUGUUUGAUGUCAUCUCAGAGAGGUGGAUGAACUCUGCAGAUCUUUGUGACGUCUUUGUUCUGGAAGUUUCCACCAGUGUUUGGGUUCUGGUCUCUGCUGCAGCUCGUCUCUCUCUCUCUCUCUCUCUCUCUCUCUCUCUCUCUCUGUCUCUCUGGUCUCUGGUGGUCUCUAAGUUCCUCUUUAAUCCCCCUCUUCACCCCCACAGUACACGAACCUUGACCCCUGUAAGCAGCUGUGGUGCAGCGAGUACAGCAACCCGUUCUACUGCAAGACCAAGAAAGGCCCGCCGCUGGACGGGACCAAGUGUGGACCGGGGAAGGUGAGGACACAGCGUGGACAUCCUCAGUUAUGUUUGGACUCAGAGUUCCCCUCAGAGGUAGACCAGGUCCAGGAUAAAAAAACACAAGAGAAACCCUCAGAACCAGAACCAGAACCUGACGGGUCGAAGACGUUCAGUUUAAAAUCAGUCCAGAGAAAAUAUUAAAGUCCUUCACUAAAACACUUUACUGGACUCCUGUCUCUGUAAGACAUUAUAGAUAAAUGUAUAAAAGGUUAUAAUCAUGUUAAAGAACUGUAUUACUAAAGUUCAAUGAUCUUUAUAGUAAUAAUUAAAACACAUUAUAAAACAUAUUAUCAUGACCUACAAGGUCAGAUGUUAUAAUGUGUUAUAACUGAUAAUAACUCACUGACCACGCCCACACAGAUCAUCCAUUAAAUAUUCAUGACCUGUUUAAUUUUCUAAUAAACUUGUAUAACUGUCAUUAUAAACACUCGUUAAUAAUCAUUAGGCUUUAUAACAAUAAUCAGAACACAUUAUAAUAUUAUUGCUAUGAACCAUUAUGAUCAAGUAACUACAGAGAAACAAUAACUAUAACUUAUAAAUGGUGAUCAGAUAGUUUAUUAUUGUUUAAUCAUCAUUUAUAAAUAACAUAUAAACAUUAAUUAAUUGUAAAUUGUACCAUUUUAAAACCCUAACUUUACAAUAACAUCUAAGUAACGUUUAUAGAUGAUUUAAAAACCAAAUAUUAAACACUUACAAACUGACAAACAUUUUAAUCUCGAUUUUUAACAACCAAUAUUUAAACCCUUUAUAAACCUUUAAUAAAGAGUCCAUUAAUAAUUAAUGAAAAUUAUUAAUCAUAAUUUUAUUACUUGUUGAUGGUAAAGUUACUAUUAACUUACAUUAAUAAACUUUUUAUUUACCAUUUAUAGAUGAUGGUUAUUGUAAAGUGUUAACGACUAUAGUUAUACAGUUCUAUACCAUGAUAAUAACUCUUUAUACACAUAUUUAUAAUGUCUUACAGAAACAGGCGUCAGGUGAAGUUUUACCAAAGUACUUUUUCCAAACCCGGUUCAGACUUUAGGACCAGCAGAGACCGGUUUGAAUCAGUCCAGUUCACCUGAGACUCCAAAAGGACGAGUGUCCUCUGUGCUGAGAUGUGGUUCAGACCACAGACAGGAAGAUGGACGGCCAUAGUCUGAAGCCCCGCCCACAAGUAUGUGGCUGCUUAGAAACUCCAGGCUGCUCUCUGUUUUGGCUGAAUGUCCACGAAUGUAAACAGAGCUCGAGGUCAGAGAAAGGAGCAGGUUUAGAGGAGGAGAGGUGGACCGGGUUUGAGGACACGCUCAGAGCUGCUGCUGCUGCUGUUGUUGUUGUUUACAGUCAGACUGACUCACCAUAGACUCUAGUGGACACUGGAGGAACUGCAGCUUUUGUACUUUAUGCUGCAUUCGAGUUUCCUCGGAGUCAGAAGUCUGAAAAUGACGUCACACCCGAGUUAUCAGUGUUUCAGUGACCAAGUCAGCAGAAAGUAAAAUCGGAGGCGGAAACAAGAUGGCUACAUCUACGAAAGUUAAUUUAGCACUAGCCUUGUCCGAUUAUUAGGCACGCGUUAAAAUAACUUUCGUAGAUGUAGCCAUCUUGUUUCUGCCUGGUAACCGAAACGCUGGGAACUCAGGUGUGACGUCAUUUUCAACUCCGACUUCUGACUUCCGAGGAAACUCAAACGCAGCAUUAGAAUUGGCGUGUUAAUGAACCUCAGCGUUUCCAUGGUAACCAUCUCUCGUUUCAGCACUGCUUCAAAGGUUACUGCUUGAGGGUGACCCCCGACAUGCUCAGACAAGAUGGCAGCUGGGGGACGUGGAGUCCGUUCGGCAGCUGCUCCCGGACCUGUGGGGGCGGGGUCAGGUUUCGAAUCCGCCGUUGCGACAACCCAGCGUGAGUGAACUGUCAGUCACUUGUGAUGUCAUCUGUCAGAUGCACCAAUCAGAGAGUCUAACCUGUUGUUGUUCUCAGUCCAGCCAACGGGGGGCGCACCUGCUUUGGAAACAGCUACGAGUUCCAGCUCUGCAACCGGGAGGAGUGUCCCCCCCUCACUGACUUCAGGUCAGAUCUGCUCUUCACUCUGUUAUCUGUUAGUCAUGUCUGAGCAAACGGUCCUAGAUCAGGGGGAGUUUGAUUGUUAGCAACACAACGUGGGUGCCAGGCGAAAAAAUGACAACAGCGUCGAGUAGAAAAUGAGACGACAGUGUAACUGCACGCCAACACAGGGUCAAAGGUCAGCGCACUGACGGUGUGUUUGUCUCUCAGAGAGGAUCAGUGUAAAGUCUGGAACCCUUUUUAUGAACACGAAGGAGUGAAACACCACUGGCUGCCCUACCAACACCCCGACCGUGAGUACACACACACACACACACACACACACACACACACACACACACACACACACACACACACACACACACACACACACACACACACACACACACACACACACACACACACACACACACACUCACACACACACACACACGCACACACAUACACACACACACACACACACACACACACACACAGUUAUAAAACAAAAAUGACACAAACACAGUUAUACACACACACACACACACACACAGAUACACACACACACACACACACACACACACACACACACACACACACACACACACACAGUUAUAAAACAAAAAUGACACAAACACAGUUAUACACACAAAUACAACUUUUCAACACACACAGAUUUUAUCAAACUUUAUAACACACACACACACUCACACACACUCACUGAAUACACACACACACACAUUCAGCAUUUAUAUAAUACACACAUGAUGCACAGAGUACACACUCUCUGUACACACUCAGAUAGACGCCCACGCAGUUUUCCAAACUGAAAGAUUACAAGAACGUUUCCUCACUGAGAGUUUAAUCUGUGUGUGUGUGUGUGUGUGUGUGUGUGUGUGUGUGUGUGUGUGUGCAGAUGUUAUUGUCAUCAGUCAGGAAUCUGUUAUUGGAGGAAACUUUCAGCCUCUCCUCUUUAACUCUUUACACUCCCAGUAAAUAUUUAUAUUUCUGUGUCUCUAAUCUUUUCUCUGUCCACCUUAAAAAAUUCCUCCUUAAAUCUGACUGAACUGUGUUUGUUUAAUAAUGCCGUUAAUGGAUAUAAUGACUAUAUCAUGUAUCUGUGUGUGUGUGUGUGUGUGUGUGUGUGCAGCUGACGAGCGCUGUCGUCUGCACUGUCAGUCCAAGGAGACAGCCGCUGUGGUUUCCAUGAACAGAAUGGUGCAUGAUGGGACGGCGUGUUCCUACAGCGACGCCCACAGCGUGUGCGUGCGAGGAGAGUGUGAGGUCUUUAUUUUGUUCAGUUCUUCGUCAGUCUGAGUUUGAUUUCCCCUGAUUGGUACUUUUAUAGGUACAGAGCGAUCUCAUCGUGACCGAGGCUCUGAAACAUGGUGUUAUAUUCCUGUAUCGAUGGUUUCCAUGACAACAAAGCAGAGAGAAGGGCGGAGGUACAGAGCACAGAACAGCCCACCUCCUGUACCUCCGCCCUUCGCUUUGGGUCAGAUCUGAGGUUCAGGAGUUUCAUGUCAGAAACAAAGAAACCUCUUUAUCUUUUAUAAUAUUAAUAUAUUAAUAAUAUUAUAUAAUUAAUAUAAUAUAACCAAAAAUGCCCCCCCCCCCCCCUUAUCCCCAUGGUUACGCCGUGCUGUUUCAGAUCAACACCCAAUCACGUUUGUUGGACUUUCACCUCAGGAGUCACUGGGAACGUCACCAAAAACCCUUUAGUCAGUCCUCCUUCUGUCCCGUACCUGCCUAAUAAGAUCUCCUGUCCUCUGUCCUUGUCUCCUCUGUCCUCGUGCAGCAUGUGGGCUGUGAUGGACAGAUUGCUUCAGAUCAGCAGGAGGAUCGAUGUGGAGUCUGUGGAGGAGACAACUCCAGCUGUAAGAUCAUCAAAGGAAACUUCACCCGCAGCGCCAAGAAACCAGGUCUCUGAAAAGGUCCCUCUCAUCAGAGGACAUACCCCGGGUUUCAUGUCCACGACCUUUGAAGUGUUGACCUCUUACACUCACUAACCCUUGGUUCCCAUGGCCCAGGUUACUUGAAGAUCCUGGAGAUCCCCAAAGGAGCCCGACACCUGCUGAUCCAAGAGUUUAAAGGGGCGUCUCACAUCCUGGGUAAGACGGAGAUGAGGACCUUGUUUUGUCCAACGUGAGGAUGUUUGGUAGUUCACACUUUUUUUGGAAUACCUUUUUAUACAGUGUCUUUCUCCAGCUCUGAAGAACCAGGAGACGGGUAACCUCUUCCUGAACCACGAAGACGAGCUCCCAGAGACCCGGGAACUAAUCGAGAAGGGUGUGGCGUGGGAAUACAGCAACACCGAGGAGCAAGAGUCCAUCCAGACCACAGGACCCCUGAAAUAUGGAGUCCUGCUGAUGGUCAGUCUGUGGACACCAGAGGCUAAUGUGCUCAUAUGUCAGGACACCACCUGAAUCCUGUCUACCUGUGUCUCCGCCCAACAGGUCCGCUCCCAGGUUGACUCAAAAGUGACGGUGUCCUAUAAGUAUGUCAUCCAGAACCAACUGCAGUCCUCACUGGACUCCAACCUGGUACCGGAGGACUCCAUCUUCUACGAGUGGGCGCUGAAGAAGUGGUCACACUGCUCCAAACCCUGUGGAGGAGGUACGCUGAUCUGUUUGUGGUAAACUCUGUUAUAGUUAGCUGUGUCAAGUUGUUACCAGGGCAACAGUUGCAUGGGGGUUUACAGUGCUGUCUGGUUGUCAGGGAAACAGUACACCAGGUUUGGCUGCAGGAGGAAGGCAGAUGGGAAAAUGGUCCACAGGAUGUUCUGCUCCAACAUCAACAAACCCAGGGCCAUCAGUCGCAACUGCAACAGCAACACCUGCAGCUCGCCACGGUAACACGUCACAUGACCAACGAUGACAGUUCAUCCGUCUAUUCUGUUCAAAACAAACAGAAGUUACAACCAACACAUGCACCCCACCUCAGUGUAGAUACUGUCUGCUGCCACGGUGACGCAUUAAAGGAAAAAGUGAAAGACAGAAACUCCGUCAGGGUUUUCCUGAAGUCCUUCUGGUCCUGCUCUUUCAGCUGGGUGACCGGAGAAUGGGAGGAAUGCAGCACUUCCUGUGGACAGACGGGGUGGCAGCGGCGCUGGGUGAGCUGCCAGCAGGCACCAGAGGGGGGCCAACAGAGGCAGCAGCGGUCAGUGAACAGCAAACUCUGUACUGAGGACCGUCCAGAGAGCAAACAGAUCUGCAAUCGAUUCCCCUGCCCUGCCGCCUGGAGGGCUGGGCCAUGGACCCCGGUAGGUAAACAAGGGAGAAGUCAGAGCUGACUGUUACCAUCAGGAAACCUGCUUCAGGUCCUGUGAACGGUCUGCCAGGUACCAUCAUACCCCCUUCAUUUACAACAUUAAGACCAUCUGCACUGAUUCAGCAGAUAUACGGUCCUCUGACGUGUUCCCACUUUUAGUCUUUGCAGUAACUGCAGUUUGAUCUGGGGAUGUGACUAGCAUAGGAAGUGCACUGCCAUCUAGCAGUGUGUGCCGACUCUUAAGGGCCCAAGUAGGUAGUGCUCAUGACAGCGUUGGCCAUGACAGGAUAACAACAGCAUAAAGUCAGAGCAGAAGAACAAAAACAGGCUUUACUUGACUACUUCUUUCUGGACUUGUAGAGUCCUGAUCUCUUUCUAGAGCACCAUUACUCAAAAAUGACUCCAAGACAACAACUGACCGGUCUAAAACCUGAGCUGCUCUGAGUCUGACUGAAAUCUGUUUGUUUGCAGUGUUCUGUGUCUUGUGGAAAUGGAACUCAGGAGCGUCAGGUUGCGUGUUCAAGUCCUGAGGGUUUGGCCAAAAACUGCAGUGGACCUCGACCAAUGACGACCCGUACCUGUCAGGCCCCGCCCUGUAGAGGUAUGCACAAGGGGAUCACAUGCUUAUCAAGUUCUACCAACAUUUCCACCUACUUUCACCACCAUCCCAGAACCCAGCAUUCCAGAACUUAGCAUUCCACAACACAGCCCUCUGGAAUUCUAUAGCGUGUGUGUUACAAUUUCAGUUUGUCUCCCCCUGCAGGUGACCAGAAGAUCUCCAUUGUUCAGUGGCUGUCCAGAUCCAACCCGAACUUUACAGCUCCAAAGACGUCCUCCAGUAAAGAAAUCUCUUCUUCUUUCUUUCCUAUUUUCAGUCUCUCCUUAAUUCCUUUCCCUGUUUUUAGAGACAGAUUUGAUCGUCAGGAUUUAUUGAUUUGUUGGUGCUGAUAUGAGAAUGAACAUACUGUAUAUAAAAGAGAGAUGUCCCACUGGAGAUGACAUGUUCCAGUAUAGAUGACUGGCUGAGACUCUCUCUACGUAGAGUUCACUGCAGAUUAACGAGUGAAUAUCCUCAGACUUUCUGACGGACUCACGACGAACUGCCCGGGUAAUUACAAACCGAUUUACUGCUCCUGCUCUGUCUCCAGGGCAACGUUGCCGUGGUGACCGCUCAGUGUUUUGUCGGAUGGAGGUGUUGAGUCGGUACUGCUCCAUUGCUGGGUACCGUCAGAUGUGCUGCAAGUCCUGCAGUGAGAUCAACUCCACCAACACCACCAAUAGCAUGAAUUCCACCAACCCCAGCACCUUCAGUGACCCAGGAAACUUCAGCACAACAAACCAUCCGUCUGCCAGGUGAGAGCGGCGGUAAACCUCCACUGUCAUUCAGUUGUACUUACUUGCCCGUCUAGCCCGUCCUGGUCCGCCCUGAUAUUGUUGAUUUUCCUGUUUGUCUCACAGUUCAUGGACUCCGACCACGGAGAUGGUGACGUCUGCGGUGACGUCCUCAUGGUCCUCUAGCGCUCCCUUUGUCAGUAACAUCAUCAGUACUCCCCCUCCAGACCUCACUAUAACUCCGCCCCCCACCAUCAGGAGCAGCACUGACUUUGUCUACGUUGAAUAUGACGAUUAUGAUGAUUAUCCACUCUACGAGGAUUCUUAUACCAUCUCCAACUCUGGUAAAAUCAUUCCAACUACUGCUCCUACCAUUUUAAAUACCACUCCUUCUACUACUAUCAGUACCACCACCACCACAACCACAACCACGACUACGACAACCACUACAAGACGCCCAAGAAGGACUGCUCCACCACAUUUACUCUGGUGGAAGAUUGCCACUCCAACUACUUCACCAUCCCAUACUACCAUGAUUACUACUACUCCCACGACCACCACUACCACUACUACUACAAGACGCCCAAGAAGGACUGCUUCACCCCACUUACUCUGGUGGAAAGUUACCACUCCAACUACUUCUAUGCCAUCAAAUACGACUACGAUUAAUACUACCCCAACUACUACAACUACUACCACCACGAGACGGCCAAGAAGGACUGCGCCACCACAUUUACUCUGGUGGAAAAUUGCCACUACAACUACUUCACCAUCUCAUACUACUACGAUUAAUACUACUCCCACUACUACCACUACUACUCCUACCACGAGACGGCCGAGAAGAACUGCUCCACCACAUUUAUUCUCAUUUUACUACAGGAGGAAAACUACCACUCCCACAAUGCCUUACCCCACGGCUCUAACUGAAGGUCACAGCGCAAUAUUAGCACCAAUCAGGACGUCUGCUGCAGAUGAAGACAUCAUCGCACCACCACCGUUACCAAAUAGAACAUAUUGGGGGCGGAGCUUUCAGACCGAAGUAUAUAACACAGGAACCGAACCAAUGCCAACAUCAUCACCGUCCUUCAUCCCCCUCUCUAAGAAGGAGAACAACUCAGUGGACGAGGUGCCGUACCGGAUCGUGGGAUUGGACGGGGACAUCAACAGGGGGCAGCAGAGCCACUUUGUGCCGCGGAUGCCGCCUUUUCGAGAGAAAACACAUAACAAACGCAUCCAGCAGCUCCUGAACGAGAGGCGGCGACAGGACCUUGUAAGGAGGUCGAACAGGAGCAGGGAGGGCAGGACUGACAGGAGGCAGGGCAGACUGUAA